CGGUUCGGUCUACGGUUGAGGUGGGUGGUGAAUCUCUUGACCAUCUUAAAAAAAGUCUGAAUAACUGGUUUGCCAAAGAAGAACAAAGAUUGGCCCAUACCAGACGACCUCCGGUUAAGCGGUUUAAAAGUAGUACCGAAUCAUUACAAAUCAAAAGAAAAAAAUCUGGCGAAACUACACAAAACAAAUGUG